CGUCAGAUAUUUUCAGAUCUACUCACUCAGACACUGAGAGGAGAGAGGGAGAAGGAGAGAGAGUCUGCUGUGUUUGUAUGUGAUUUUGUGUUGCUUUUUUGUUAUGGAUAAAAUCUGUCCCUCUUCAACUACUGAUUCAGCUGCUCUCACUACUGCCGCUUCCAGUGGCGGCGGCGGCAGCUCCACCACCACCACCACCACAGAGAACUACCUCAAACACCUCAACAAGCUUUCCCACAAGAUCUCAAAACCCCCCACCACCACCAACACCCACAACACCUUCCUUAAAAAACCCAACUUUGAAAACUCACCGCCGCCGCCUCCUCCGCUUCCUCUUCCUCCCCAACACCAGCAGCAGCAGCAGCAUCAGCACCAGCCGCCGGUUUACAACAUCAACAAAAACGACUUCCGCGACGUCGUUCAGAAGCUCACCGGCUCUCCCGCCCACGACCGCUUCUCCAACCCCCAGCCGCCGGUUCACCUGCCCAAGCCACAAAUCAGCUCCCGCCUCCAGCGCAUCCGCCCUCCCCCUCUCGCGCAGCUUAACAACCGACCCCCUCCCUCGUUAGAAUGCGCCGCUCCACCCCAAAACACCAACAAUCCAAUCAUCCCACCCAUGGGAUCCGCCGCCGCUCACUUCAAUUCCAUCGGACGGUCCACAACCCCUCUCUCGCCUCUCCCUCCUUUCCCAACCGUACACGCGGCGGCUGAAUCCCCCGUCUCAGCCUACAUGCGGUACCUCCACAACUCAAUCUCUGCCGUCGAUUCUAACAACCAGAAGUUCUCGGGAUUCUCGCCUCUGGCCCCGCUUGUCUCGCCCCGUUGGACCAAUCUGACGCCGCCUCCGCAGCAGAAUCAGCAGGUUGUGCCGCCGCAGCAGGGGAUAGGUACAGCAGCGAAUCAACAACAGCAGACAACGGCGGCGAUAGCGUCACAGCCGCAGUUCGCGAUGCCUCCAUCGCCGCUUCCUUUCGGGUGCUUGAGUUCGCCGCGAUCGCCGUACCCAUCGCUUUCCCCAAAUCAAUUAGGGUUUCCUCAGCUGCCGCUGUCGCCGACAGUUCCUGUAUCAAGCCCUAGGUGGAGAAGUUUCUGAAGUUUCUUCAGGUAGGUCAAGCUUCAAAACGCAGUCGUUUUAGUGUUUAGAGCUUUUAAUUUUCAAUUUUAUAAAAAGACAAUAACUUUGUACAUUCUGGGUGAGGGGUUUAUUCAAUCACCGGCUGGUGGACGGAAAAUGGUCCACCGCCGGUUAAAGAUAGGGUAUUAUCUUUGUUCUGUAAAUGGGACAUAUGAGAAUGAGAGAUAUGUAGGUUUGUUCUUUGUUCUUUGUUAUCUGGAGAUUUGGGGUUUAAUCACAGGUUAGAAAUGUUAUAUCA